GCGGAUUGGCUGGACGGCGGUGAUGUUUUCCUUUGGGAGGGUGGAGGUCACGUGACUUGGACUUGCCGCCGGUGAUUUGGGGAGUUUUUUUUAGGGAAAAUCCCGCAAAUUCAACAAAAUUAUGCUAGAUCAUUUUACUCGUUUAUGGGCUCAUCUGAUUCCGGCGGCAACACGAUUGGCGGAAACUGUCGGCAGUCCGCGGCCCCGGCGGGCGGUUGGACGAGGCACUCGGCCCGGGGUCACGUGACAGGAGAUGGCGGCGGCGCCUGACAUGGCGGCGACUGGCUAGCGAGUGAGCGGAGUGCGCGCCCUGUGUCCUCGCCUCGCCUCAGUGCAGCGGUGAGUGGCCGAGCCUAACAAACACCCCUCCAGCUCUGCUCUCGAUGCCCAAUCCCACCGGCUGCCCGACCGGUUAUUGUCAGUCUGAGAUGACAGACCCAGGCCAAGAUCUUCUGCUUGCUGCUUUGAGCGAAAGUGGGAUUAGUCCUAAUGACCUUUUUGAUGCAGAUCCACUUGAUACUGGCUUGAUGUCGCCUUUGUCAUCUGGUGGCUUGCAGCAGCCACCAGCAGCUACCACUUUUGUGCUAAAUCAGCUGAAUCAGCUGCCAAACCUUGGAACAACAUUAAUUGUGACAAAGGCACCUGUAAAUGCCGUCUCUCGUCCCACAGUUACUGUAGCAAAAGUUAUUCAUACCAGCUCACUAGCAUUAACCUCUACAGCUGCUCCAGCAGCAGCUACAGCAUCCACCAAGGACCAGAUCCAGCUUAAAGACUUACUUAAAAGCAACAGCUUAUCGGAACUGAUGAAAAUGAAGCCACCAUCCAAUAUUGUUCAACCUAUUACAACAGCAGCCACUGACUUAAACAAUGGUGUUGUGAAGAAGGAAUCAUUGAGUAAAGAGGUGACUCGAAUAUGGGUUAAUGAAGACAUCAAAGUACGGAGCUUUUCUCCAACUCCAAAAUUGCCUCUGAAAGAUGAAGAGGAACCAGAGGAGGAAGACGAUGAGGAAUUGGGGCAUGCGGACACGUAUGCUGAAUAUAUGCCAAUGAAGUUGAAAGUUGGAUUGCGCCAUCCUGAUCCUGUUGUGGAGACCAGCUCCUUAUCCAGUGUAACUCCCCCUGAUGUUUGGUAUCGGUUGACUGUACAGGAGGAGACCAUUGACAGUGGGUGGCUGUCUGCUCUGCAGCUGGAAGCAAUCACAUAUGCUGCUCAGCAACAUGAAACAUUCCUUCCCAAUGGGGAUCGUGCUGCCUUCCUAAUAGGGGAUGGGGCUGGUGUGGGUAAAGGAAGAACCAUUGCUGGUAUCAUUUUUGAAAAUUACCUUCUUGGUAGAAAAAGAUCACUAUGGUUUAGUGUAUCCAAUGACUUGAAGUAUGAUGCUGAAAGGGAUCUGAGAGAUAUUGGAGCAAAAAAUAUCCAGGUUCAUGCGCUGAAUAAGUUCAAGUAUGGAAAAAUCUCUUCCAAACAAAAUGGAAGUGUGAAGAAAGGUGUCAUUUUUGCAACAUAUUCUUCACUAAUUGGUGAAAGUCAAUCAGGUGGAAAAUACAAAACCAGGUUAAAGCAGCUUUUGCAUUGGUGUGGUGAAGACUUUGAUGGAGUGAUAGUAUUUGAUGAAUGCCACAAAGCCAAAAAUUUGUCACCCGUUGGUUCCUCAAAACCUACGAAAACUGGACUGGCAGUGCUGGAACUGCAGAAUAAAUUGCCAAAGGCUCGGGUGGUGUACGCCAGUGCUACAGGUGCAUCAGAACCUCGCAAUAUGGCUUAUAUGAAUCGACUUGGAAUCUGGGGUGAAGGCACACCCUUCAAAGAGUUCAAUGAUUUCAUUCAGGCUGUGGAGAGGAGAGGUGUUGGGGCAAUGGAAAUUGUUGCCAUGGAUAUGAAGCUAAGGGGAAUGUAUAUAGCAAGACAGCUGAGCUUUUCUGGAGUAACCUUCAAAAUUGAAGAAGUUCCCCUCAGUCAAGACUACAUAAAGAUGUAUAAUAGAGCAGUUAAGCUGUGGGUGGAGGCCAGGGAGAAAUUUCAAAUGUCAGCGGAGCUGAUUGAUGCAGAACAGCGAAUGAAGAAGUCCAUGUGGGGACAGUUCUGGUCAGCACAUCAGCGUUUUUUUAAAUAUCUCUGCAUAGCUUCCAAAGUUAAAAGAAUAGUGCAACUUGCCCGGGAAGAGAUCAAAAAUGGAAAGUGUGUGGUGAUUGGUCUUCAGUCCACUGGAGAAGCAAGGACCCUUGAAGCUUUGGAGGAAGGUGGUGGUGAACUUAAUGAUUUUGUUUCAACUGCUAAAGGUGUCCUUCAGUCUUUGAUUGAGAAACAUUUCCCAGCACCUGACAGAAAAAAGCUGUACAGCUUGUUGGGGAUAGAAAUGAAUGUGCCUAGCAAUCAAGACUCUCCGAUUGACAGUCCCUCAAGACAGAACAAAGGAAAAAAACGGAAAGUUAAUGAGGACAAACGAGAAGCUAAAAAAGCUCGCAAGACCAAAGGGCUUGCUGGGAGCAGCUCUUCAGGGAGCGACUCCGAAGUAUCUGAAAGUGAAGGCAGUGACGGAGAAAGUUUUCACUCUGUCAGUUCUGCUGACGAUGACUUUAACCCUUUCAGGGAUGAAUCUUCUGAUGAAGAGGAUGAUCCUUGGUUAGUGAGGAAGGACCGGAAGAAAGACAAAGAGAAGAAGAAGAAGAAGAAAAGUAUUGAUCCAGAUUCUAUCCAAAGUGCCUUGCUAGCAUCUGGCCUUGGAUCUAAAAAGCCCAGUUUCUCCACAACUUCAAUCAGCAGCACAACCAAUAAUGCACUUCCUUCAGGUAACAGUAGCCAUAGCAUUGUAGCCAGCCAGGAUGCAGUAGAAAGAGCCCAGCAAAUGAAACGAGAAUUACUCGAGAAGCUGGACAGGCUUGCUGAAGAUCUACCUCCCAACACGCUGGAUGAACUGAUAGACGAGCUGGGUGGCCCAGAUAAUGUAGCAGAGAUGACAGGCCGUAAAGGUAGGGUUGUGAGCAAUGAUGAUGGCAGUAUAUCUUACGAAUCUAGAUCCGAACUUGAUGUUCCUGUGGAAAUCCUCAACAUCACAGAGAAGCAGCGGUUUAUGGAUGGAGAGAAGAAUAUUGCGAUAAUUUCGGAAGCGGCCAGUUCUGGGAUUUCAUUGCAAGCAGAUCGCAGGGUUAAGAACCAACGACGGCGAGUGCACAUGACCUUGGAGUUGCCUUGGAGUGCAGACCGUGCCAUUCAACAGUUUGGUAGAACACAUCGGUCAAACCAAGUGACUUCACCUGAGUAUGUUUUUCUAAUAUCAGAAUUGGCAGGUGAACAGAGAUUUGCUUCAAUUGUUGCAAAAAGACUUGAAAGUUUGGGUGCUCUUACACAUGGUGAUAGACGUGCCACUGAAACCAGAGAUUUGAGCAGGUUUAACUUUGAUAACAAGUAUGGCAGGAACGCCCUAGAAAUUGUAAUGAAGUCCAUUGUGAAUCUGGACAGUCCACUGGUGUCAUCACCUAAAGACUACAUUGGGGAAUUCUUCAAAGAUGUUCGACAGGGAUUAAUAGGUGUGGGUUUAAUAAAUAUGGAAGACCGUUCGGGACUGCUCACACUAGAUAAAGAUUACAAUAAUAUUGGCAAGUUCCUAAAUCGAAUUCUUGGUAUGGAGGUGCACCAACAGAAUGCACUGUUCCAGUACUUUUCAGACACUUUAAGUGCUGUCAUUCAAAAUGCUAAAAAAAAUGGAAGAUAUGAUAUGGGAAUUUUAGAUCUGGGUUCUGGGGAUGAGAAAGUGAAGAAGCUAGAAGUUAAAAAAUUCCUUACUCCAGGAUAUUCCGUAUCGGGGCAUGUUGAACUGUAUACUAUAAGUGUUGAAAGAGGUAUGUCCUGGGAAGAAGCUACAAAGAUUUGGGCAGAGCAAAUGGGAACAGAUGAUGGCUUCUAUCUGUCAAUGCAGAUAAGAAAUAAUAAAAAGACAGCAAUCCUUGUCAAGGAAGUUAACAAUAAGAAGAGACUGUUCAUGAUGUACAGACCAAAUACUGGCAAACAGCUUAAGCUGGAGAACUAUAUUGACCUAAAAAAGAAGUACAAAAAGGUAUCCUCUGGGGAAGCAGAGUCACAUUGGGUAGAACAAUACAAGUCCUCUGCAGACACAUGUACUCAUGCAUAUUGGCGUGGAAACUGCAAAAAAGUGAGCCUGGGAAUGAUUUGUGAAGUUGGUCUGCGGUGCCGCACUUACCACGUCCUCUGUGGCUCAGUUCUUAGUGUGUGGACUAAAGUGGAGGGUGUCUUGGCCUCAGUAAGUGGGACGAAUGUAAAAAUGCAGAUUGUGCGGUUGAAAACUGAAGAUGGGCAAAGGAUUGUAGGUUUGAUCAUUCCUCAAAACUGUGUCUCACCAUUGAUGAACAUUCUGUCAACGUCAGACCAGUCACAGCAGCUGGCACUGCAACAGCAACAGAUGUGGCAACAGCUGCACCCUCAGAGCAUGAGUCACAUCAGCAACACAUAGUCUUUGGCCAUCUGCACUGGGCCUGACCGUACUUGAAAACUGUGAUUGACAGCGGUGCAGCACCAUGUGACCUUCACUCUUUUCAGGAAUUCAGGGUUGUGCUCCAAAGAGAUUCCUUGAUUAGUGAAGUAUUGAUGAAAACAGUGACUCUGGGAUUGCCUGUAAUUAAAUCAGAGACAAGUUCUGAUUAAUAAAUGGGUGACGAUCGAAGACCUAGACAUAGGGACAUCUUUACUCUUUUUCUUCUCCACCCCCCCCCCCCCCCCCCAAAUCUGUGUCAGUACUUUGUUCUUCUCUGACACUAGCUGCUAUAAUUUUCCACCUCCCAUUUCUGCUGUUCCAGUGAUGCAAGGGAGUGUGUGCACUUGCUGCACACCAGUCAGAUAUUUUGUCUUCAAAAUAACUUCCUAUGUCCUGUUCUGUAGCAUAAGUGAGGGCAUUCUGUAACUUGUUACAAGUGUGGGUGCACCGGUGCUGGAGGCAUGCUGAAGGUUGCGUUACUCGCUGUACCUACUUAGAAUGUUUCAUCUUCAAUACAAGCUUAGUGGAAUUGUAACCCUGUAGAAUUUUUCCUGAUUCUGGUCUGGGUUUGUUAACCCUGAAGUCUUAAAAGUGAACAACCAUUUAUUCAGGGUUUGAUUAUCAUGUAUAUCCUAGUAGCAGGAUGUAAAUAAGAUGCAAAAAAAAUUGCAAAAGUCCCAGCCUAUUUAAAAAAAAAGAGGCAGUAUAAUUGAAGAUUAUGCUGGGAGGAGGGGUCUAAUUGCUUUAUACAGAAGCUGUUUUGAAUAUGUUGAUAUGCUUCCUUUCUCCACAGUAUGUAAUUUCUGGGUAACUACAAAAUGUAUGUUCUGUAUUUCAGUGUUUAAUGGCACAAUCUUAAAUUAUCUGGUGAUUUUUUUUAUAUAUUAAAAUUCUCAGAACCAC